AUGCACAGACCGAGCUCCUCGGUGUCCCUGCUCUCUGCAUCCACCGAUUCGCCCAUCAUCAGUUUGACUUCACCAAGCCCCAAGGCGAAACCCACCCCUUCGAAAUCAUCAACGCUUCACAACCUCUCGACUCCAUCGCCAAAGGCAAAGGCUGGUUUAAGUAAACUCGGCAAUGGGACCCCUGUAUCUGCGUCCUCCAAGAAGUCGGGGCUCAAUCAGGGAAGCAACUAUUCCCCUUCGCCCAAGAAUGUCGGGAAGAGUCCCUUAAAUACGCCUAGGUCGACGCCGAUGAAGAAGUCGUGGGCCUCUCCGAAGGAACACGAUUCGCUGUUUGACGAAAAUCUGGAGCUGCAGAGUACGAGGAUUAUGAGCGGUGGUACUGGGACGGCUGUUGCGACGGAUGAUGGGCUGGGGAAUGCACUCUGGGACUAUGGGGACGAUGAUAUGACAAUGGAGAUGGUGACCGACAUUAACGACGGGGACGUUGACGAGGAGAUGAGUGCUGCCCUAGAUGGCAUCCUUGCAUUGCACACUCGGAAAAUCCUUCACUACAAGCGUCUCUUAGAACGGGCUCAGGCAUCGACAGCUGCACAACUGCACGCACUUCAAGCAGAAGUGCGGAUGCUUCGCGACAACAAUCAAAACGCUGGUGCUGCACCAUCGUACCACCUUCUUGCCGAUCCCGAAGCAGAGGGCCUGUGCGUCUGCGGUGGAAAGAAGCGCAAGGGCUACUGGGCUGCGUAUCGGGACGACCUUGACGAAGACGAUGAUACAGUGGAUUUGCUCACUGCCAUCAGAGGAGGAUCUUUCAGCGAGGUUGAAGUACGGAAGGCGCUCCGGGGCCUUUCUCGGGAAGAAAGGAUGAGAUUGAUCGGAAUUAUAUUAGACUCCUGCCUUCCUGGUGACAUUAGCCUUCAGAUCCUCCUUCUUGAAAAGUAUCAGCGCUCGACGUUUGAUAUUCUUGGGCAUCUGGCUCCCAAUGUGGCCUUCCAGAUUCUUAAGUAUCUUACCGUGCCCGAGCUGCUUGCCAUUGAGCCGGUUUCGAAGAAAUGGCAAGAAAUGGUACACCACCCAGCCAUCUGGAGGUAUCACUGUCUUCGUAUUACCGCCCACGAUCCUGUGCCACUCAAACCUCCUGCGAAGCCGGAAGGAUGGGAACCGCUCUACCGCAAUCUGCAUCAUCGUGAAUCCAACUUCCACAAUGCCCUCCCACAAUCUAUUCGAUUCCUGAAUGGACACACCAACUUCUGCACCACACUCUUGUUGAGAGGCAAGAGGCUCAUCAGUGGUAGCUACGAUGAAACCAUCCGUUUCUGGGAUAUCGAGACUGGCGAGAUGAAGAAGUGCUUGUCGGUGAAGAAGCCAGUCAGCUGUGUCGACUUUUUGGCGGAAGAAGAAGUCUUUGUCGUUGGUUUCCACGACGUUGGACGAGUUCAUUUGUUCUCUUCUGUGACGUUCACCCCUCUUCAGCAACUCGCCGGCCAUUUGAACGGUAUUCGCGCUGUCGCAUUGUCAUCCAAGAACCUCGUCUCGGCAGGAGCGGACAAAGCCCUUGUAUGCUGGGACUGGCGAGCUGGUACCAAGAUUGUCCGUUUCGGUCAGCAGACAACCGUGAACAUUGGCGUGCAGCUUAUUGCCAGUGGUGAAGAAGAGGGCGAACGCGUCGUUGGUGUCACCAUCGAUGGUAUUGUGCGGGUGUUCUCGAUCAAGCGAAGGGAAAUGAUUUCGCAGUUCAAGCUUUCCGAGCUUGGCUACGGUGAUCCUGUCUUGAACUCAAAGCUCGCCAACGUUGGUGCCGCGCCGAACAACAUGUUGCAGUGGUUCGCAGCCAAGGGUACUCAGAUGACUUGCGCGACUAAGUCUGUCAUUCUCCACCUACAAUGGCAAGAAGGCGAGGACAAGCCCGCCAUGGUCCAAUCUCCCACUGCAAUGUCGGCAAGUACAGGCCCUCCUAGCAGCUUCACAGGCAACCGCCGUCGCACAACAGGUGGACUCGACCAAUCCACUGGCUCCAACACGCUCGCAAUGUCCACUCCUGCUCGACGCAUCUCACUCGCCACGUCGACUAGCGGUAGCGUUACCAAGGGAGGUAGGCUGAGCGUCAGCGGAGCCAAGUCUCCUGGCUACAUGACGCCCAGCUUGUCGCCGAGGAACAGUACACGGUCACCUGGUCCGUUGUUUGCUGUCAGGUUCGGGCAGGCUGCUAUCCUGACUGCGCCGCCCAAGUUGGUGGCGAUUGUUGAGACGCCGGAUGUGGCUGUUGGUGCUGUUGAUCCCUUGAAGAGGCGGGUUGUGACUGCGACUAGGUUCAGCUCGAGAGCUGGGGCUGAUCGAAGAAUCUUCUUGACUACUCAUAGAGAGAAGGAAACGACUGGACCUGUCUCAACUUCUCAGGUCAACGACGAUAUUGACGAGGACGACGAGGACGCUGACCUACGGGCUAUCAUUAACAUGGGAUCUCCCGCUAAACCUCCAGCUCCCACUGUCGAGAUCAACUCGGAUAUUACAGCGCUGACUGGUGCAUGGUCGGCUAUUUCUGGGUUGAGUCCGAACGACAAUGUGCGCCCGAAGGGUCUGCUGGGACCGUUGCCUGCCAAGUACAAUGGUCUCGCCACGCCUGAGAAGAACCCGAUGUCGAUGCAGUUGAGCCACGAAGAGGUGGUUGUUGGAUGUGCUGAUGGAACGAUCUACGUCAUGAAUUUCUUGGGCUACGACUACCGUAAAGAUAAAAAGCAACCUGAAAAGGCUGCGGACGACUUUGAAAAUUAAUGCCAACUACCUCCCAUAGAAGACUCCUGUCGCUUUGUCAAGUAACUCGCUCAUGUCGUUUUCUUUGCGCCUUUUCCUUAGCCUACUCUAAUGUUUUUACGCUUUCUAAUGACUCCCUCUUCCGUUCAAGGCAGGGCCGCGAUAUGAUUUCUUUCUUGAAUCGGAUGGACCUUCCCUACGACCCCUAUGAUGCUUUCGAUUGAUCUGCGUAAUAGUAAUAUG